AUGGAUACAGAUCCCGAAAAGGGCCCCUCCUCCCCUUCCUCCCCUACCUUCACGCAUAAUAACCCUCACCCAUACGGUGCCCCGCCAAUACCGCACAUCUCUCUACGCCGGCGGCGGCUUAUAUCGCAGAUCCUCUUGGGAGUGGGAUUCUUUAGUAUAGCAGGCUGGGUGAUUUGGGGGAUGGAUGCAGAUGCUUAUUUGGCCAGAGGGAGACCGAUAGAUGCGUCCAUACCUGGGAUUCCGCUAGGCGCCGAUGGCACGCCAUACCCAAUCCUCUUCGAGCCCGACCCCCCAUCCUCCUCCUCUUCAUCUUCCCCAUCCCCAACUGCUUCCUCUGACAAAGACCCAAACCACGUCCUCUCCCACGCAGAAAAGAUGGCAGCCCAGGGAAAGAUCAAACCGCAAUCCUGGGGUCUCGAUCUCAAUCCCGACCAUCUCACUGCCGGGCUCUCUCCAUGGCCGGCAAAGCCCGAGGUAAAUGAGAGUAAGGAGCCCUUGUCGGUGUUGGGGCACUUUGCGGAUGGGAUCUACGAUUACGGACCGGAGGGGAAAGAAGAGUAUGCCAGGGUCAUGCGCGAAUUUGUCAAAAUCGCAUUCCCCAAAGCAGCGCAUACUGUCCUCCUCAAAGGGCUCGACCAUUUCCUGGGUGACUCCUCAGAAGAAGGGGGUGAUUGGGCAUGGGAUAAAGAAAAGUUUGUAUGGCAGACGGAUAAGGACGGACGGCGGUUGGAGAGUCCGGAAGUGAAGAGCUGGAGAGGUUGGAAGACGAAGAAUGAAAAGUGGGAGUGGGAUUUGUUGACAGAUAAGGACGCUGAAAAGUGGGUCAAGAAGGUGCUUGCGGGUAGUCGCGUUAGGCAAGUCUGGGAUGGGCUUCCCAGUGGUAUUCUCCGCUCGGACAUGCUACGAUACCUCCUCCUCCUCCUCCGCGGCGGCAUCUACUCCGACACCGACACCACCCUCCUCAAACCACCCUCCAAAUGGGGCGCUCCCCCCACCACUCCUCCCGUAUUGUUCAACAACGGCGACGGCUGGCUCACACCCGAGCAGAAGGAGAGGCUGGAAGCGGGCGAGUCGCAUGAUGAGGUUUUGGGGAGGGCGAGUGUGGUUGUUGGGGUUGAGGCUGAUGUGGGGGAUAGGGAAGAUUGGUAUGAUUGGUGGCCGAGACCUAUCCAGAUAGUCCAAUGGACAAUGGCUUCCACCCCCUCCCACCCCAUCGCCCUCAACGCCCUCCUCCGCAUCCUCCACGCCACAUCCACCGCCAUCCACUGGUCCCACACCCAAGCCAAAGUCGUCAAAAUCCUCCUCGACCAAGGCCGCUACGCCGACGCCGAGUCGCUCGCACAAGUCACGGCGCUGAAUGAGCCAAAGAAUGGCGGGCCGGUGGGGGUGAUGGCGUGGACGGGGCCGGGGGUGUGGACGGAUGCAGUGUUGAGUUAUUUGAAGGUUGGGUGGGGGAUGAGGUGGGUGGAUUUGAAGGGGUUGAGGGAGCCGAUGAGGGUUGGGGAUGUUUUGAUCUUGCCUGUUACUGGCUUCUCGCCGGGUGUAGGCAACUUUGGCGCUCAGCAGAGAGGGGACCCCCAAGCAAUGGUGGAGCAUGGAUUCGCCGGAAGCUGGAAGACCCACGGCGAGCCAUGA